UCCUUCAACAAGAUAGAGAGAGAUCGAGCUCAAAGAAGGGCAUCAAUGGCGUCGAAGCUUCUUACUUCCUUCUUUCUCCUAUUUCUCUAUCUCGUUUCAGUUUCCGAUGCUUCUCUGACAUCUAUCUCCUCCGCCGUUGAAGUCCUCUGCGAUUCCGGCUACUUCUCCAUGGGACUCACUCUAAAGAUCGCCGACAAAGAUCUACGCCUAGAUGAUUGGCAAGAACUCACCAUCUUCGCUCCUUCCGAUCAAGCUUUCUCCGCCUCUGGACAGCCUUCGCUACUCUCUAUCAAGUACCACCUCUCUCCGACGAGACUCCCCGGAGAAACCCUAACGAACCUUCCUCACGGCGCGAAACUCCCCACUCUCAGAUCUAAUUCCUCUCUAACCGUCACGAACUCAUCGCGAUCUGGCCGAGUGAAUCUUUCGAUCAACGGCGUCGUAGUCCAAGAUUCACCUCUGUUCGACGACGGCUACGUCGUGAUUUACAGUUCCGACGAGUUUUUCUCACCGCCGAUCAUUACUCCGCCAUCGUCUCCUUCGAUCGUUACAUCUCCUGCUGAAUCAAUCGAUUCGAUUUCGAUUCCUAUCCCUAGCUCAGCCCCUCGCUCACCGGUUAAAUCUAAACCGGUGAAUUGCUUCAACAUCUUCGAGUCGGCUUCGAGUUUGUUACUUUCCAGAGGUUUCGUGAUCAUGGCUACGUUUCUCGCUCUACAGCUCGAGAUCUCUCCUGGGAACGACACGAAGCUCACAGUCUUCGCUCCGAUCGACGAAGCGAUCUCCGUCAACAAGUUCUCCGAUUACGCUAUUAUCUUCAGAGGGCAUGUGAUCAAGCGGCUUCUCUCGUGGAAAGAUCUUGAGAAACUUGCGUGGGAAGGAUCGAUUCUGCAGACUGCUCUCAAAGGUUAUGGGAUUGAGCUUUCUUGGUCUGGUGAUUUUCUUCUUCUCAAUGGAGUCCCACUUGUCUUUCCGGAUCUGUACGCCAACGAAUGGAUUGUUGUUCAUGGAGUUAACCAAAUGAUUGCACCGCAAGCAAGCCAGGCUAAAGUGGGAGAGUCAAUCUCAGAGCUAAACGGUGGAGAAGAAGAAGAAGAGGAUGAUGUUCAUGGUGAGUCCUCUACUGAGUUAGGUGACUAUGGUCUUCACUGAUUCGUCUAAUGCAUUUUCAGAUGAUCUUGAAACUGUUCUUAGCGUUGUUAU